ACCAAGAACAGGACCAAGACAGAGUGUAAACACCGGCCAGGUCCAGGACCAAGACUUUGAUAGCAAACCAACGGGCCCUGCACGCCUUCCCGCUGCUCCACACACUGACCUCGAGUGUCUUGCCAUGGCCUCCGCCUGCAGGCACGUGGCAGUGACGGGGCCGCCAGGCGUGGGCAAGACAACGCUGGUCCAGAAGGUCGUGGGUCAACUGCAGGAGGCUGAGGUGGCGUGUAGCGGGUUCUAUACCAAGGAGGUGCGGCAGGGGGGCAAGAGGGUUGGCUUUGACGUGGUCACCUUGAGCGGCCGCACCGGUGUUCUCUCCAGGCAGAGGGCUGAGGGCAGUGGAGGGCGAGAGCCUCGGGUUGGUAACUAUGCUGUUGAUGUGGCGUCCUUUGAGUCCCUGGCCCUGCCUCUCCUGCAGACUCAGAGAGCAACACCCUCCGUCCUGGUGCUGGAUGAAAUAGGGAAGAUGGAGAUGUUUAGCACCGGCUUUGUGAGGGGCGUGAGGCAGGCCAUCGCGGACCCCUCCUCAACCCUCCUGGCCACCAUCCCCAUCGCCAAGGGCAAGCCCAUAGCCCUGGUGGAGGAGAUCAGGAGCAGCCCAACAUUCAUGGUGGUCAAUCUGACGAGAGCCAACAGGGACGACCCGGCUGUCCUGGAGAAGAUUAUUAGCACGUUAAGAACCUCUCUCGAGAAGUAAUGUUUGCUGACACCAUCUACAGGACCUAAGAACCUCUACAGAGAAGUGAUGUUUGCUGAUGUCAACUAUAAGACCUAAGAACCUCUACAAAGAAGUGAUGUUUGCUGACACUGACUACACUGCUUAAGAACCUCUAUGGAGAAGUGAUGUUUGCUGAUGUCAACUAUAGGACUUAAGAACCUUUACAAAGAAGUGAUGUUUGCUGAUGCCAACAACAGGACCUAAGAACCUCUAUGAAGAAGUGAUGUUUGCUGAGCUUUAAUAAAAACACAUGUGCCUG